AUCCCCUCCCACCUGACCGAGAACAUGAACAGUGGGUGGAGCUCGGGUGUUAACUGGAGAACUUUGACUCCAAGGAAACCACCAGUGACUCUCUUGAGCUAUACACGAUAGCAGUGAAGCAGGAACUUGCCAGGGUUUUAACCUGCUGAGUAUCGCAUCCACAAUGAAGACGUCACUUGGCAUCGAGAGCUGAAAAUGAUACUUGACUUUUCAUACCACAACCAAACCUAAGGAGAAGCAACCCAGCUUGCAACCGCACAAAAAAUUGACCAAUGUUCUCAACAAGAAAGGAAAGCUUAACAUCCCCCAGUUUGGAUGAUUCGUUCUUUCCCUUCUCCUCAUCCACCCCUGUUGCCCGGCAUCGCAUCCUGGGUGCAGGGGUCAGAGCAAACAACCUGCUGGCAUCGCACACAGACCAUGACAGCAGCUCAACUAUGCUGGAGAAAGAUCUCAUCCUGGCAGCUGAGGUAGGCCAGGCUCUUCUGGAGAGGAACGAGGAGCUGGAAGCUCAGCUGGAACAGAUGAGGAGAGAUGUGGAGGCUGUGCAGCAGGAGAAGCACACGCUACAGAGACACCUGGAGGUACGGGAACUAGAGGCAGGGCAGCGCGAGGCAGAGCUGCAGGCUGAUAUCGCUGCACUACGGCAACAGUUUGACCAGAAGCACAACCAGGGUCGGGACCGACGGCGUGAAGAAAGUGAGCAGCUUGCACAACUGUCCAGUCAUAACCAGAAGCUGGUGGAGCAGUUGGCUGAGGCAGUUUCGGUGGAACACUCUCUACGCCUUGAGCUGCGGACUCUGAGAGAGGAAAUGGAGGACACAAGUUUCAGCAGAUCAAUAAACUCUGCUUGUCUGGACACAAUGCAAGCUGAGAAUCGAGUGCUAAAGGAGCGAUGCUCCAACAUGGAUAAACAGCUGAAGUCAUCAGACGAGGACAACGAGAGGAUAAGGAUGGAGAGAGACGGACUGCGUGCGAGACUUCUCGAACUACAGUCCAAUCUGAAAGAAAAGGAGGGUGAGCUGGAGCAGCACCAGACUGAGGUGUUCCAGUUGCGCACCAUGAAUCGGAGCCUCCAACAGAGAGUCCAAGCGUUAGGAGAAGAGGCCAGUCUGGAGGAAAACACCUGCUUCCCGCUUUCUCUACAAAGUGAACUGCAACAAUCACAGGCCAAAGAAAGCAUCUUGGCCCAUUCUGCUGUCCUGCAGGAGAAAGAGGAGGAGAUUGAAAGGCUAAAGAACGAGCUUGAAUCCAGCCAAGAGGAACUAUCGGCUCUAAGAGAGAAAGUGAAGACGUUCUGCAGCGAUCCAAACAAACCACCAUACAGUGCCUUGGAGGAAGAGCUGGCGUUGGCACGGCAGGAACGAGACAUGCUCAACCAGCAGCUCCUCAACACCAUCAAACACAAGGUGGCGCUCUCUCAGGAAGUCGAAUCAUGGCAGGAGGACAUGCGGCUGGUGAUAUGCCAACAAGUGCAGCAGCAGGUACAAGAAAAGGGUAAAGAGAAAGAGAUGACGGCAUCGCCUCUGCAAAGAAAUCUCCGCACAACCAGGUCUUUCCGUAUACCAAGAGAGGAUGGGAAGAAGAGCUUCUUCUCUUCCUUGUUUGGAGGGGAUUAAAAAAGUUGAACCCCAACACAGGAUGAGGACACAAAACUACUGAAAGGAUGAUGACAAAGUCACAGCUACUGAAAGGAAGAGGACACAAAAUGAAAUAGAUGUGUUAAAACUUUCCGAAAGGAAAAGGAUGUGAAAAUACUGAAAGGACGCAUUAGAGUAACAAAACUACUGAGAGGACGAGUUAGAAGACACAGAACUGCUGAAAGGACGAAAAAUUAGGACACAAAACUGCUGAAUGGGACGAGUUAGGACAAAAACCAUCACUUAAAUAUUGUAAUGUAAAUAAUAAUAAUAAGGACUAAACACAGUAUAAUGGCAUGGCAUUCAUGUAUAUUUAUUUUGUCUAUAUUCCUUCUUGAUGUACAAAAUAUGAUACAACAAAUGUUUCUUAUGGCAUCACUGUUGAUAAACACCUUUAUAUAUAAAUAUA